UGCCGGGCGCCGGCCAUGCUGCGCCUGCGCGUCCGCCGCCCGGGGCUUCAAGUCGUUGCCGCGUUCGGCUGCCCACCCGCUGUCUGCUGCCGGCCCCGGAGCCUCGCCCCGUGCUCCGGCCGCCCGCCCCCGGCCUGUCCCCGGCCCCGCCGCAGCGAGAAGCCGCUGUCUGCCCGCUCCACCUCCACCUCCACCUCCACGGGCUCGGGCUCGGCCUCGGCCUCGGCCUCGGCCUCCCCUCGCGCCACAAUGGCGGCCCAGAGCAUGGCCAAGAGGAUGGUCUGGGUGGAUCUGGAGAUGACCGGAUUGGAUAUAGAAAAAGAUAAAAUCAUAGAAAUGGCUUGCAUUAUAACCGAUUCAGAAUUGAAUAUUUUAGCUGAGGGUCCACAUUUGAUUGUUAACCAACCAAAUGAGCUAUUGGAUGGCAUGUCAGAAUGGUGUACAGAACAUCAUGGAAAGUCAGGCCUCACACAGGCAGUGCGGGACAGUAAGAUCAGCUUGCAGCAAGCAGAAUAUGAGUUUCUGUCCUUUAUACGUCAGCAUACCCCACCAGGUCUCUGUCCUCUUGCAGGAAAUUCAGUCCAUGCUGAUAAAAAGUUUCUGGAUAAGUAUAUGCCACAGUUCAUGAAGCAUUUGCAUUACAGAAUAAUUGAUGUCAGCACCAUCAAAGAAUUAUGCAGACGCUGGUAUCCAGAUGAAUAUGAAGAUGCACCAAAGAAGAAAGCAUUGCAUCGAUGCUGCCAGACCUGCUGAGUUUUUCCAGGUAUUUUUUAUUUUUGUUCUGGAUAGUAUUUAUCCAUAUUGGACUCAUGACAUUCUACAAAAUUGCUUCUAGGUGGCUGCACUUUUUUGCAGUCCUAUUCUGGAGGGCCAUAAAGUUGACAUAAGAAAAGAUCUUGGUGGCAUUAUUAAAGGUGUAAAAUGCUGAAACACCAGCUUAAUGUAGAUGAAAGUAGACUAACUUGGACUUAGUGCAGAAAUGGAGCACAUGAGCACCAAAUGUCUUCAUUUGUUUGAAACUUGUUAUCAAGCUUGGUUGUGAUGUCCUCUGGUUAAAGAGCCUAGAUAGUGAUUGUGGACAAGUUUAUAGUCGGCAAAUAACCACCUUGUACAAUUGUGCUGAUAAUUUAGAACCCUUUGCCUUUGAGAGAGCUGAGAAAACUACCUACCAAAGUGCAUUAUUUUGCAGGUUUUUAGUAAUUUAAUUACAUGAACUAAUUCUAGUUCUUAAGCCAUAUCUUUACUUUUCAGAGCAUUAGAUGACAUUUGUGCAAGCAUCAAAGAGCUCCAGUUUUACAGGACACACAUAUUUAAA